CUUCCAUUAUUACACUUCUUUACUUUCAAUGUAGGACUAAAUUGCAAAUGGAAGAAAUUGUAGGACUAAACCAUCAUCACCGAAAAUCUUAUCCAAUCUUCGAAUGGGGUGAGCUGGUUGUUUCUGGAAAGCAGCUGACCUGGAAGCAGUUACAGAGGGCCCGCUGGAGAAAAAAUAUCAAGAGAGGCAAUCGGGGAAAGUCGGGGAGAAAAUGUGGCGGAAAACGGAAGAGCAUUGAAUAUGCAAUACAAGAGAAAAAGGGGAGGUGGAGAUUUGGGAACAAGGAGCAGAAAUUCAUGAAAGGGAGAUGACUCAGAAGAUCGGAAACAACUAAGCUGAAAAAUAGAGGAGAAAUCCUGGGAAGAGCUCGGAAUCGGUAUGAGGAAGAGAUCAGUUUGCUUUUGAAGCUGCCUUUGAGUUUCCACUUGCUUGGUUUAUUGCCUUCUUUAUCACACACAGGAUUGCAGCUGAGUUCAUCAAGUGACUUUAUCAUUAUCAUCUGUUUGGUAAGGAUCUAGAUUCAUGCCAUGCUUAGAUUAUGCUUGCCAAACAUUUGGAUCAGCAUGGUUAUCCAAAAGAAUAGAAGUGAGGGGUUGUCUGGGAUGAAUUUUCAAUUCCCAUUUAUUCUAUUACCUUUUGCUAUGAUAAUAACUAUAGUUCCAAGUGUUGUGGGAUGACCCUCACUUUUAUCCCUACUUGGAGCCAUGCUCAACCAAACGUGGGUUAUUUGCAAUCUAAUCAUGGCAUGAGCCUUGUUCUUUACUAAAGUAUUGGUAUUUCCAAGCCAGAGAAAGAUUUAAUGAAGUUCCUAUAUAAGGGAAAAGGUGAUCUAAAUUCUUAAUAAGGUCCAUUUAACAUUCAUAAAUUACAUUUUAUAUUCAAAAUGUCUUUUGCGUUGCCUUCCAGAGCAGGUAUGUUAACUAAUCUGAUAUAGACCCAUCUAUUGCAGGGAGUAUGCAAAGCUGAAGCCUGCUAAACUAGAAGAGUUAAGUGUAGUCAAGUUUGGAAGAGUGAGGUGUAGUGAAGUUAUGAUGGGAGUAUGGGGAAUUGUUGUUUUUCACUUUAUUGUCAUGCCAUGAUCAAAUAUAUAUUGUCCUUAUUUUGUUGUUUUCCUCUUGAGCUGACAGCAGUUGACCUUUACAGACUUUGUCAACUCACCUUUACAUGCCAGCUUUCAUUUCUGAAACAUUUGCUUUGUCUUUGUCCUUGUAAUUACAGCCAAGGACAUUCUGGUGUUCUUGCAAAUUGGUUCAUCUAGUUCCCACACUACAGGAAUAGAAGUCUGUUCUUCGCAGGAAAAAGUUAUGCUGGUCAUUAUGUAGUCCAGUUAGUUGAACUUACGCUUGAGCUCAACAAAGAGAACAGGAGAAGUUUAAUUGGGAAGGAAGAUGUGAGUAUUGACAUAAACAAUUUUUAAGUUUUUAGGUUCCGCUUAAUAUGGUAGUGAUUGAGUUUCUUAGUUUUGGUUUUCAAAAAUUUAGAAAUUGUAGAAUACAAUCAAGAAGUUCUAUAAAUGAGUUAAGUUUUA